CACAAAAACAAUAACAUCAUCAAUAAUUAGCUGUGCCUUGUAGAAGAAAAAGAAAGGAAAUAAAAAACAAAUUAAAACAGUAAAUUAAAAAUUAAAAAAAAAACCCAUAUUUUCUCCAAAGCUCCCCAAAUCCCAAUCUCUCUUUCUCUUUCCAUUUUCUUUGUAAACUGAUCUUCUCCUUCCAAUUCAUAUAUAGCUUCCAUUUUCAACCUUUCUCAUUCUGUAAUAAUAGUCUUCAAGUUAAUCAUUGAUUCUUUUGAUUGGAGAUCAGGAUUCAGAAGGAAGAAGAAGGAGAUUAAGAAUGUUGUAUUUGAAGCAGCCAAGCUCUAUUAUAUGCAAAGGAUGGGAUUCUGCUUGUUUUCAACGAUAAUUUAAUUUAAUUUUUCUUGUUUUUGGGUUUCUUCUUUGAUCUGUUUUAUUCUUUGCAUGCCCUUGUGAUAAAUUCCCUGAGCCUGUGGCUCGGGGAGGGAGAGAUCUGAUUGAACUAGGAAACUAAAAUUUUUUGAGGGCGAGAGAGAUAAAGAAGAUGGCAUCAAUGGAGAAUGGGUGUCCUUCUACUUCUCCGAAUCCUAAUACUAUUCAUGAUGAGUUGCCCCGUCCUCAACAUGUUUUUAUGCAAAAGUUCAGACUCUAUGAGACUCGAUCGAAAUUUUACAUGAUAGGGAGGGAUAAGAGUCGGACAUAUUGGAGAGUGCUAAAGAUUGACCGGCUGGACCCGUAUGAACUAAAUAUACGCGAAGAUUCUACCACAUAUACAGAGAGUGAAUGUUCUGAUCUAUUGAGGAGAAUACAUGAAGGAAAUAAUGCCACUGGUGGGCUGAAGUUUGUCACAACUUGUUAUGGAAUUAUUGGCUUUAUCAAAUUUCUGGGGCCAUACUAUAUGCUGCUGAUUACAAAAAGAAGACAGAUUGGUGCAAUAUGUGGUCAUAACAUUUAUGCAGUCUCCAAAAGCGAGAUGAUUCCACUUCCAAAUUCUGCUGUUCAGUCUGAUAUAACUAAUUCUAAGAACGAAAACAGAUACAAGAAGCUGCUAUGCACGGUGGACCUGACAAAGGACUUCUUUUUUAGCUACUCAUACCAUGUCAUGCGUAGUCUUCAAAAGAACUUGUGUAAUAAAGAAACUGGCCAGGUCGUUUAUGAGACAAUGUUUGUAUGGAAUGAGUUCUUAACCCGUGGAAUACGAAAUCACCUUCAAAAUACACUCUGGACUGUUGCAUUAGUGUAUGGCUUCUUUAAACAGGCAACAGUUUCUAUAUCCGGACGGGACUUCAAACUUACCCUUAUUGCAAGACGUUCCCGCCAUUAUGCUGGUACCAGGUAUUUGAAACGCGGUGUAAAUGAGAAGGGUAGGGUAGCCAAUGAUGUUGAGACGGAGCAGAUUGUAUUUGAGGAUGUUCCUGAAGGUUGUCCCAUCCAAAUAAGCUCUGUUGUCCAAAACCGUGGUUCUAUCCCACUAUUUUGGUCACAGGAAACCUCACGUUUGAAUAUCAAACCAGAUAUCAUAUUAUCAAGAAAGGACCAAAAUUAUGAAGCAACCAGACUACACUUCGAGAAUCUUGUCAAGAGAUAUGGAAAUCCUAUCAUUAUUUUGAAUCUUAUUAAGACACAGGAGAAGAGGCCUCGAGAGUCAAUUCUUCGUGCAGAGUUUGCUAACGCCAUUGAUUAUAUCAAUAAAGACUUAUCUGAGGAGAACCGCUUAAGGUUCCUUCACUGGGAUCUACACAAGCAUACUCGUAGCAAAGCAACAAAUGUUCUGUUACUUCUGGGCAAAGUAGCUGCAUAUGCUUUGACACUGACAGGUUUCUUUUACUGUCAAAUAACACCAGCCUUGAGAACUGAAGGGUGUACAAAUUGGCCUUCCUUUUUGAUUACUGAGAAUGGCCACCUAUCUCCCAAGAAUAGAUGCAAUAAUGGUGAUGGGGAUGCCAAUGAUAUGGAGAGGCAAUUUAAUGGAGGUAAUUGUGUUGCUAAUGGAAACCAUUCUAUGAAGCCUCCAAUGUUUCAGCAAGGUGUGCUCAGGACCAAUUGUAUAGACUGUCUUGAUCGCACAAAUGUUGCGCAAUAUGCAUAUGGGUUGGCUGCCCUUGGACAGCAACUUCAUGCUUUAGGAUUUAUAGCUAAUCCAAAGAUAGACCUUGAUGCACCUUUGGCUGAACAAUUGAUGGGAUUUUAUGAAAGAAUGGGCGACACAUUAGCACAUCAAUAUGGUGGGUCAGCUGCACAUAAUAAGAUAUUCUCUCAGAGAAGGGGUCAGUGGAAAGCAGCAAUCCAGUCCCAGGAGUUCUUCAGAACUCUCCAACGCUAUUACAGCAAUGCAUACAUGGAUGCAGAGAAACAAGAUGCUAUUAAUGUAUUCUUGGGGCAUUUCCAGCCACAACUAGGUAAACCUGCACUCUGGGAAUUGAACUCAGACCAGAAUUACAGUGUGGGAAGGAAUGGGCAAACAUAUGUGGACCAAGAUAGAAGGUCAACUUUCAAAAGGUCCUUGUCGGAUGGGAAUAUUCUUCAUGAGAGCCACUCACCUAUGUCAGCCAUGAAUGUCAAGCAGGAGAAAAUUUCCAAUUCACCUUUGCCAGAUAAAUGGGAAGGGGAAAGCAAUGUCCUUUUGGAGUCAUCCCCUGAGAUAUCAACAUGUGAAAGUGACAUAGCAUUUUCAAGGUACACUCCUUCAAUGCCUCGCAGACAGCUCUUUGGCGAAGUGGAAAGGGAGCAAUAUCUGGGAAGUGAUCAUAUUUACUUCUCUGAAGACACAUUUAAUUGUUCAAAUUUUGUUGAUUUAGACUGGUUGUCUUCCUCUGGAAAUUCAUGCGAGGAAGAGCCAUAUGAGAGGUCAUCAAUGCUUACAAGCUCACCAAUUGCUGGGACAUCAGCUGAAAAUUUUGUCAAUGGAAUAAUGAGUGAAACUACCCCAUGCACUAGUGAAUAUGGAUCCAGCAUGAAGCCAAGGGAGGAUAUGGGAACAGAUUUAUCCUAUGGAAAUCCACAGAAUUCCAAUGUCCUGGCGGAAUUCUCAGACAGCUUUGUCCAGUGGGUAAACCAUGGAGAGACACUCUGCCAUUGAAGUUUAGCUCACAUUGACCUUGUAUUAAUAUUUAUCCUUCGCUCAAGCAACUGAACAAGCUCAUAAGAUGCUGAUGUAUUGAUAGAGGGAGGUUACUAGCAAGACAAAAGGGAGAUGGCCGGAACGGAAGGAGAAAAGAGAGGCAGAUAUAUCGGCAAGCCCAUGAAAAUACAUCCGAGAAGAAAUCUGAAAUCCUCCCAGCCAUAUGUGUAACUCACAGCAUUGAUUGCAUCGUGGAAACCUCAAUGGAUUCUGAUACCCAAGUAUAAAAGAGUAAAUAGCCAACAGUUUAAAAACAAAAUUCUUUUUGGAGCUCUUCUUUUUCUCAUUCUUCUACUAGUAUAUGGGCUUUUCCUAGAUUUGAAUCUUGUAAAUAUAUUAAUAUUUUCUCUGCUCAUUGAGCUCCAACUUUAGAAGAAUUUCAGGUUAUUGAUUCUUUAUUUUCCUUAAUGUUUUGUGAUACUAACAAUUGAGCAACUGUUUGGAGGACAGACCUGCGACUAUAGGACUGAUUACAGCUUACCAGUCUGAUUUCUGUGAAAUUACCUGCAUGUUGGGGAUGCACAUAGGAUGACAAUAGCAUUCUUUCUUAAAAUUUUGGAAAUCUCAGUCCUGUAAUUUUCGUUUAAGCCUGCUUAGAGUUUUAUGUGAACAUUUCCUUUUUCAUUUUC